AUGACGGGAAAUCUUGAUACCGCAAGAGAUACGAUCUAUAAUCUGGCGUCUAUUGAUACAAAUGGGCCUCUAACGAGCGCUUUCAAUUUGCUGCAAUUGAAACAAAAUAUUCUAAUUCAAUUAUCCGACAGACAACUGAUAUCUGCGUCUACGCAUCGUGGCAUACAACCAGAAAUUGACGGGGCGAUGUUAAGUGUGGCCGUGGCGGCGCUCGCGUGCCUCUGCCUAGCGCCCACAUCGCUGGCCGAGCCGCAUACGCUACGUGCCCACGGACCACUUGCCUUCUCACCGAAGGAGCUCACAAGCAUAUUAACAAACAUUGACGAGCGGUUACGAGUGCUGGACACCAUAAGCGCGCAGCAAGUAAAACAGGCGAGGCGACUCGACGUCAUACAAGACAAACUCGAUCGCGUGGAGACCACUCUAUCAUUAAGGCUAGAAAGAGCGCAAUUAGCCGCAGAGAGGUUGGAACACAGGCUCCACAUGUUACAAACGAGCAUACAGGCUUCUAUCAAGGAGAGCACUGAAAAAAUUGAGCGCAGUCAAGCCAAGUUCGUUGAAAUUGCGCAAAAUCUUACUAACCAAAUAAACUCCCACUCCCACUUACUAGAAAAGGUAAGCGGAGCGUAUGCGGAUACGUGGCGACGAAGUAUACUCUUGGAGUCAUUAAUGAGAGACGGAAUGGCUCUCGUCAAUGUGACCAGACGUGAACUGGCUGAUGGAGUGCGCGCACUAGCCAGGAGACAAAGAGAUGCCCGUCUCAACUCGGCCGAUUUAGAAGCUGCUUUCACUAGGCGACUCAAUGAUAAUACGUAUAAAAUUGAUCUGAAGAUGCAAGAAGUGUUAAACGAACAAAAACGCUUUGUCGACUCCUGUCAAAGGAUUCAGCUGGACGACCCUAACCAUGUGGCAGAUGUGCUAGAUAAACUUAUAGACUCGCUGAUAAACAAAACUGCAUCAACAUUUCAUGAGCUACAAAAUAUUCAAAAUACUAUGCGCAAUCAUGACAACAAAGUUAUAAAAUUACUAAGCAACAGACCAGCACAGGGAGACAUAACUUGUAAAAGACUAGAGAAUGCACUUCGCAACUCGUCUCAAGGAGUUUUCAAUGAAAAAGAGUUACAACAGUUAACUGAGAAAUUCAUUGGCCUGACAAAUCGCGCGGACGCAGCCCUACAACGUCUCGAAAAGCUUCUUACUGACGAUUCCAACAACCAAACACCAGCAUCAGAAAUAACUGUUGCAGCUGAUAGGUUGCUACAAAAACUAAAGGGAAUCAAGAGUGAAACAGAUCCAGAUAAAUAUGAUGAUUGGGGUGAAAGUGAAGAUGAACAAGACAACAGUGACUUUGACGAAACUAUAGACAACUCUAUGGAAGAGGAUCAGGAAAUCCUCAUUAGUAUGGAUGAACAUCCUAAACCAAAGACAACAACAGAAAAUGUGCCAAUCAGAAUGCCUCACCGAAGGCAUCUCCACAAACAUCCAUAUGAUCGUGGCCCUACAUGGAGAAUUUUCACUCCUUAA